AAGACAAUUAUUAUUAUUGAUAAUAAUAAUAAUAAUAAUAAUAAUAAUAAUAAUAAUAAUAAUAAUAAUAAUACUUAUACUUAUACUAAUAAUAACAAUAAUAAUAAUAAUAAUAAUAAUAAUAAUAGAAAUAAUAGUAGAAAUAAUAAUAGAAAUAAUAAUAAAAGUAACAGAAGCAAUAAUAAUAAACACCGUAGCAUACCAGUAUGCAAUAUUGUUCUACUAAAAGUUAGUAACUGUUUAUCUGUCUGUCUUUAAAUAUAUCGAAGAAUUUACCAAGUUUUUCACACUUGGCUUCGAACACCUUUAAUACCUUUUGUUACACUGUCAUUUACUCUGCAGUGGCUUCGCAUGCACAGCAUGUGUCAGGAUUGUACUAAAGGAUUAUAUUUAAGCUGUUUUAGGUGUUGUUGAUUAACAAGGUCUUUCAUUUCUAUAAGCUCGAUUGUGACUAGAGUAAAUAGGUCUCGGGAAUAAAACUUACUUAAGGAUUGUAUUUAAAACUUCUAUUAGCCCGACUGUAGCGAGAGCUGAGAUCUUAUCGAAUAUCUCCCGAGAACGAAAUAUUUAAUGAAUGUACAGACAAUAUAAAGCAAAUGAAAUGGCAGGGAAGUUGAAAAUAGGAGUUGUUAUAUCAUCCACCAGAGAAGGUCGCAUAGGAGAAAGGAUUACAACAUUUGUGAAAAAUGCCAUUCUUAAAGACCAUGAAGUUGUUGUAUUUGAUCCGUUGGAAGAAGACCUUCCACUGACACAGCAGUCCUUGAAUUUUAUGUACAACCCCUCGUCUGUACCUCAAAACAUAAAAGAUCUGAAUGACAGAUUUAAAGCCCUGGAUGCACUCGUAUUUGUUUGUGCUGAGUACAACUGGAGCCUACCCCCCGCCCUCACGAAUCUCAUGGACAACAUUCCACCAACCACUGUGGCAUGGAAACCGUGUGGAUUUGUAACCUAUUCCAUGGGACGAUUGGGAGGAUCAAGAGCGGCGGUUCAGCUUCGGGUAUUUACGGGCGGUAUGGGCAUGAUGGCUGUACCAACUGGUACAUCCAUUCCACUAGCCCACCAAGCACUAGAUGAGAGCGGAAAACCCAAAGACGAUACGCUGAGCAAGGAGCUUGACGUAACGUUAAAACAAGUGUAUUGGGCCGCCAAGGCACUGAAGUCCUACGCUGGGAACAACCCUGCACCGAACUGGGCACCAUCGUAGAUCUGACAUUUAAAGAAACCCAUUCCUUGAAAUGUUUUACCACCAUUAGAAAUGUUCUUAGAAAAAAAAACUGUGAAACUUGCUAAGAAGGUUUUAAAAUUUCAUGACCCUCGGUUAAACCACUUAGCAGGUAUUUUCAGUAUUUCGUUUAUUUAUCAUUUAUAUCACCAUACUUACAGAAGCAUCACUGUCUUGACUAUGAAACCGUUUACUUUAUUCAAUAAAAUUAUGUAUAGUCUGCAUUGAUAGAUUUUUAUAUUUCGAAAAUUUAAUUCAAUUGUUCUAGUUUGUUUUAAAAUGAGUAAAAACUUGUUUCUUCAUCAUCCUAACUAAUAUUUCGAAUGAUUAUCAUACAUGUAUAUCAAUUAUAACUUUAUUAUCCUUUCUACUUGUAAAAAUAGAUGAAAUGAUUUUAUGUAUCUGUUUUAGUGUUCCAAAAUGUGGCAGAGACAUACAUUCUAAUAUAGCAUGUUUUGCGUUGCUUGAGGACAAGCAUAUAAAAAAAUAUCGAUUUGGUGUAACAUAAUAA